GUACUCGUAGAGGCCCCGUUACGCCUACAGAUAUAUCGAUCCGGAACUCUCCUACUCGGGGACCUUGCCUUCUCCCCGUUUCCACCGCUUGCGGUCCGUCCCGUUGUCGCCGGCGGGCUCCAGCUCCACCUCUCCGCUGCCCAUCGGGGAACGACGCUGCCCUACCUCCCUCCUCUUCUCCCCGAGCUUGUUCCAAGCGGAUCCUUCAAACCCUAAUUCUUGAUCUGUCACCGGGGCGUCAGCGGCUUCGACACGACGUCGGAGGUCUAUCCUUCCUUCGAACGUCGCAGCUGACGGAUCUUCCCGACCCUCCACCGCAGGCUCGUCCUGUACCUCUGCAGUGGGCAUCAAUAUGUGCAAAUAUAUCAUAGGCACGUUGAAAUAGAAGCAGUGGAAAAAUUUCCAAAUUGAAGAUUGCGAUCACUAGGAUAUGUGGACAAAUGUAUUUAGAAUCGGAGAACUUCAAGCUGUCUCGUGGUUUCAGUUUUUCCCUUGUGAAGCUGAUUCGAACUCUCUAUCUGAGAAGAGAUUGAAAGCAGAACAGAAAGAUGCUGCGACUCAUUUGGUACUUUCGGCUCACCUGCAGCUCCAGAAUGAAGGCUUUCUCAGCACAUGGACUAAUUCCUUUGUUGGUCCAUGGGAUCCAUCUCAGGGUGCACACAAUCCUGAUGAGAAAAUAAAACUCUGGCUUUUCCUUCCGGGUCGCCAUUCUUCAGUAGUUGAAACUGCUCAUGCUGCAAUAUCCAGAUUGAGAGUUGUUGGAAGUGGGAUUUGGUUGGCACCUGGAGAUUCAGAAGAGGUUGGAGUAGCAUUAGCUCAGGCUUUAAGGAACUCCUUAGAAAGAUCUCUGAGGGAGCUUUCUUAUGUGAGGUUUGGAGAUGUUUUCACAAGAUGCCAUCCUUUGACAUCAAAUGUUAGGAGACCACAGCCGACAAUUGAGUUCACCUUUGCUGCUACUGAAGAAGCAAUUUAUGUUCAUGCAGUAGUAUCUGCAAAGCAUAUUCGGGGGCUAUGCAGUAGUGACAUGGAAAAAUUGUUAUGGCAUUGCUCCUCUCACUCGAUUAGAGAUGGAAUUCCAGCUAUUGUUGCCCCUACUGGCAUGCGGGGUAGGCUUACUGGUUGUUGUCCUAGUGAUCUUGUGAAGCAAGUUUACAGCAGCAAGCUGAAGGGGUCAAAUGGCAUCGCAAUUGGAAUGCCAUCCCAUAUGGUUCAAUCUUCUAAUUGCCAACUGAGAGGGCAAAGAUGUUAUGUUGAAGUCACUUUUGACUGCCAUUCUGACAUUGUUAUGGGAUCGAAUAAUAAGCAAAAUACCAAUGAAUCCCAUGUGCACAAUGAAGAGCCCCAUCUUAUAGCAGUUGGGAAAGUCCAGAAGAAGCAUGGGGUUGAUCACCUUCCAGUUCUUGAAAGAACAUUCAUAUAUCCAGCAGAAGCUGUGGUGAUCCCUAUGAUGCAUAGAGCCUUUGCUAGAUCUUUCAACAAGAGUCUCUGGUUACAAAAUUGGGUGGGAACAUCACUAUCUGAGAUGUGGCCUUUAUGGAACUUCUCUGAUUCCUCUCAACCUGAGCUCUGUUUGGCGCUUGGAGAUGCCUUUAUUUCUGAUCCUUUUAAUGGACUGGGAGUUGAGUUCAAUGGCAUGAGACUUCAAAAACAAUAUAAUAGUAGCAGCAAUAGUAUAAGUAGUAGCAUCAGCAGCAUAAGUAGAACUUCUAGUGAAAGUGAGCAUGCAACGGCUGUUGGGGCUGGUGAUCUUGAAGCAGAUGCUGACUCUCUCACAUGUAGACAAUCUGGUUUAUCUUCCAAUGAUCAGUUUGAGAAUGAUGGCCCCAGAAAGGUUUCUAAACGUCCCCGCACAGGUGCAACUGAUACAUGUGUUCAAACCGGCACAGUUUUGAGUGCGACAAUCCAGGAUGCUUUCAUGUCUGACUAUAGCAUUGCUGAAGUAGACAACUCAGGUGCUGCUGGGGCACAGAAUACUCAGGUUGGAUCUCACUGGGAUUGGGAUGGUGAUGACAGAGGCAUUGGCAUGGAUAUCCAAACUCUUCUUUCUGAAUUUGGAGGUUUUGGUGACUUUUUUGAGGAUGAUAUUUUGGCUUUUGGUGAGCCGCCAGGUACUGCCGAGUCUCAAGCCCUUAUAUUUCCGGCUGCUGAAUUUGGAGAUGUCACUGGCAGUCCAUGUAAUGGGGUCAUGGAAGUAUCUGAGCAGAAUAUUUGUCAUGCUGGUCUUGCAUCUCUAGAAGGCUUUAACCACCAGACGGUGAUCCAUACAGAGGAGACAACAGAAACAAAAUCAGAUAUUCCAAAGGAUACCAGGUUGUCAUCUCAUGCUGAGUCAGGUCACUCAACUGGUAAGUUUGAUUAUCUGACAAAAGCAGAAGCUAUGAUGACGUUUGCUCCAGAAUAUGCUCCUGUGGAGACCCCUAAUAGUGAGUUUUCUACAUCUAUUUUUAGAAGCCCAUAUGUUCCUCGAUCUAAAAUGGUUGAGAGCUCCAGUUCUAGUUCUAGUGCUUAUAUGUAUAAUGCCAUGCCACCCCCUUGUAUCGAGUCAUCAGAAGAAAAGUCUGACAAACCAACAAAACUCACAUUGUGUGAACUGGGCCACGAAGGAAUUUCUUCUGUCAAAUCUUCUAAAUUAUAUACACAUGUAGCUUGUGGAAUAGAAAAGAAAAACAAUAGAUCAGUUAAUAGUGAUGUGACUUCAAACAAUGGGGAAGGAUUGUCUUCUAUAUGUGGCGUGAAAUCAAUGAAUGCUGCCUUGACAUUCCAAAAGAAAGGUGAGCACAUGUUGGAAUCUGCUGGUUUCUUGAUGCCUGUUAAGACUGUGCUUGCAACAGAUAUCGAGUGCAUGAUGUACCAAACUGCCAUGUGUAAGGUAAGGCAUACGCUAUUAUCUCUUAGGAAUAAAGUCUCUAUGGGGUUGAGAAAUGCCAUGUCAGAUUUGGUCCAAAGUGACUCAAGUGUUAAAUCAGAUAUAAUGACAGUCAAGCAUGAGUUAAGGAAGAAGGAUAGUAUACCAGUCAGAUUAGCUGGUGAUAUUGAUGGUGGAAUGCAAGAUGGUACAUUUACCACACCAGUGGGUGUAUGGCGUUCAGUAGGAGCACCUAAGGCCACAAAACCUACACGUGUUUGUGAGAAUUUGCCUUCAAUGCCACUCAAUAAUUUGAGUGAUGAAGGCAUAAACUUCCAUGGACAAAGGCAACCACUUCAGGAUCUUCUUGAUGCCAUAGCCUUCUUAGUACAGCAAUCUACUUCCUUUGUUGACUUCUCCCUUGAUACCAAUGAUGGUUAUGGUGCAUAUUAUUGGCUUGGUAUACAAGAACAGAGGAGGCGUGAAUUUGCAUGUGGUCCGUCAAUGAUUCAUGCAGGGUGUGGUGGACUUAUUUCCACAUGUCAUUCCUUGGAUAUUGCUGGUGUCGACCUAAUUGAUCCGCUUUCUGCUGAUGUUCAAGCAUCAUCAGUCAUGAGUUUGUUGCAGUCAGAUAUAAAAGUAGCUUUGAAAUCUGCAUUCGGAAAUUUGGAUGGUCCAUUAUCUGUAAUUGAUUGGUGCAGAGGUUGCAGCCAUUUUGUUGAUUCGGGAACCCCGGGAGAUGGGAAUGAGCCUAGAGAUUCAUCUGGUGCAUUUUCUCUGGUUGGUGAACCAAUAAGCCCGCCCCAAUCAACUGGUGGUUCAUCUAGCACAAGAGAUAGAGCAAGAAUUGAUGAAUCAUCACAACAGCGAUUAAAUCAAGAGACAUGCAACUUGGAAGCAGAGCAGCAAAAGGGCUUUUCACGGUUCAGGCCGACAAUUAUGGUGCUUCCUCUGCCUGCCAUACUUGUUGGGUACCAGGAUGAUUGGCUGAAAACAUCAGUUAAUUCACUGCGUCUGUGGGAGAAGGCUCCUUUAGAACCAUAUGCUUCACCAAAGCCGGUCACUUACUAUGCUCUAUGUCCAGAUAUUGAACUUCUGACUUCUGCAGCUGUGGAUUUUUUUCAGCAGUUAGGGACUGUUUACGAGAUAUGUAAAUUAGGGUCACAUACACCUCAUUAUAGUGGAGGACAAAUGGAACUGCCCACUGGGGCUUGUAUGUCUUCUGGGCUUGUUCUUGUUGAUUGCCCCCAACAAGUGAAGGUAUCUAGAAAUCAUGUGAACAUUGUCAGCUCAAUCAGGGAUUUCUUUUUAUCUCUUUCAAAGAGUUGGAGUCCAAAGAGUUUCAUCAGGUCGCUUACAAAGGUUAUCAAAGAUCUAAAGCUUGCUUCGAGUUUCUCAGUAAAUCAAAAAGAAUGCAGCAGUGGGCCUUGCACUGUAGUGUACGUUGUUUGUCCUUUUCCUGAGCCCAAGGCAAUUCUGCAAACAUUGGUUGAAUGCUCUUCUGCUCUUGGGUCAGUUGUUCUCUCGCAAGAUAAGGAGAGACGAUCUUUGUUAUACUCUCAGGUUGCUAAGGCCUUGAACUGUACUGCUGCUGUAGAUGAAGCAUCAGCAUCAAAUGUCCUAAUGCUCUCAGGGUUUAGUGUUCCGAAACUUGUUUUGCAGAUUAUUACUGUGGAAACUUUACUGAGAAUUUAUAGGCCAAGCAGUGAACUUGCAAUUCUGAAGGAUAUAGCUUUCACUGUAUACAACAAGGCUCGAAGAAUCCCACGGGCUGUUUCAAGCAGUGAUAUGUUUCAAAAUUCUUCUUUCUCAGGGAGAUCUCAAUCUGGUCUGAUGCAUAUGACUUCUUCGAUACCAGGACUUUCAAAGGAUUGCCUUGUUCCUCGAAUGUCUGGUCCAUCUCUUUCAAGAGAGGGUGAGAUUGAUGCUGCCUUGAGGCCCGGCCCAUGGGAUAGUUCAUGGCAAACAUCAAGGAUUGGAGGAUUAAGUUGUGAGCAGAAUAGAUCUGCAGAUUUGUGUGGUCUAGAUGAUGCUAGGUUCAUGUUUGAGCCACUUUUUAUUUUGGCUGAACCUGGCACUCUGGAGCAUGGAAGUUCCCCUAUUGUGUUUGGCAGUUCAGUUUUAGAGUCCUCAAGUUUGAAAUUUGUUGAUGAUACUGGUGGGAUUUACAUGCAAAGUUCAACUUCAGGAGGGGCUGCAGAGAUUGGAACAGCCUCUGUUGUUGAUGGUUCAGAACAUGACAAUAAAGCACCAAGCCUUCAUUGCACUUAUGGGUGGACCGAGGAUUGGCGUUGGCUCGUCUGCAUAUGGACAGACUCUCGAGGAGAGCUUCUUGACAGCUGCAUCUUUCCAUUCGGUGGUAUUAGUAGCCGCCAGGACACAAAGGUUCUCCAGACAAUUUUUGUUCAAAUUCUGCAACAAGGUUGUCAGAUAUCAUCUUCUUGUUCUGAUGCUGGUCUUGUUAGGCCAAGGGAUAUGAUAAUUACACGUUUUGGAUGCUUCUUUGAGCUUGAGUGUCAAGAGUGGCAGAAUGCUAUUUACUCGUUUGGUGGUAAUGACAUCAAGAAGUGGCCUCUGCAACUUCGACGGUCUACACCUGAUGGUGUUACAUCAAGCAACAAUGGGUCAUCUCUGCAGCAGCAUGAUUUGGUCAUGAUUCAAGAAAGAAACCUACCUUCCUCACCUAGCCCUUCUUUGUACAGCCCGCAUUCUAAGUCUAGCUUUACAAAAAGUGGUAUGGGACAACCUAAUUCGAAAAAACAGAUCCUGGUAGGGCAAACAGGUGUGGAUAGCUCAAGGAGUUCCCUGCAAUUAGUUCAGAGCAUCAGCUUAGUUGGCGUUUCUAUUGACCACUCGUUACAUCUAAUCCUUCAGGCAGAUAUGUCUUCAUCUGGUGGGACUCAAAGUAGCAGCAGCUCAAGUGUCACCAGCUAUGUAGAAGGAUUCAGUCCACUCAAGUCAUUGGGGUUGAUGCAAGCCUCGUAUCUCCUGAUUCCAUCACCUAAUAUGCGCUGCCUGCCUCCGCUACCUUUGCAUCUACCUACAUGCCUCACAUCAGAAUCGCCACCUCUUGCCCAUCUCUUGCAUAGUAAAGGUUCUGCAAUUCCUUUGGCCACAGGGUACAUUGUGUCUAAAACAGUUCCACCCAUGGGACAAGAUUUGGGAGAGCCAACAAGAGAAGAUUGGCCCUCCGUUCUUUCAGUGAGCCUCAUUGAUCACUAUGGAGGCAACAACAGCAACAUCCAGGAGAGAAUGAUCCGGGGGGCUGGUAGCAGUAAUGCUGUUAAGCAAGUUAGAAAUGUGAACCCAGAGUCGGUUAAUAAAGAUUAUGAACUGGAGACUCAUAUAGUUUUGGAGUCUAUAGCAGCUGAGCUUCACUCUCUUUCUUGGAUGACAGUUAGUCCAGUUUACCUUGAGAGGCGCACAGCAUUGCCUGUCCACUGUGACAUGCUUCUCAGACUAAGAAGGCUCCUCCAUUAUGCUGAUAAAGAACUCAUUAGGCUGCCAGAAAACGUGCUGUAAGUUUAGAUGGCAUUGUGGUUCUUACUUCCGAUAGCAGUUCCACACCAAGAUGUCACAAGAUGGCAUACCUCUUGAUUGCACAAAUUUGCAAGUUUUAAUGCAGAUGUAAAGUGGUUGAAAGCAGCAACUAGUCAAUCGGAAAGCUAUGUAAUGUAUAUUAACCAUGUUCAAUGGCCAUCCUUAGGUAGUAAGUAUUUUUACCAGACAAUGUUCUCGCUUUUUCACGCCUCUGUUGUAAUCUUUGGUUCAAGGGUCUAGUUGAUUCCGUCAAAGCUGUUCAAGUUGAUCGGAUUGCAAUGAAGCUGCAUUAUCGGUAGACCAAAUGUUCGUGCUUGCUUUUUGGUUGGUCUUUUAUAACUGCAGCCAUGUACAACAAGGUGGCUGGACGCCAAAUUGUAACAAGCCCUGUUUACGAAAUGAACAAGAAAACACUAUUGUACUCAAGUUACUCCGAGCUUAAAAGAGGGCAGACGUGAUCCAUGUGGCUAUUUAGGCCUUAAAGCUGUUUUCGAUAGGCAAGGCAGACACCAGGGAGUGAGGGUUUUAGAUUGUAAGUUGACAGCUACUGAAGCUAAUGGUGGGACUAACAUUUCUUUCGGUAGAUGUAACAAAUGAUACAUAUAAUUUGAUUAUCAUAUGCAUAAACAUCAGAAUUCUGUAAAUGGCCGUGUCAACAUGGACUGAUUGCAGAACUCA